AUGACAUUCUGGCCCGAAGAACGCGUGCUGAAACCACUCGACCCUGUGCCAGAGGAUCUGAAUGACUGGCCUGACCUCGCACUUCGCGAAGUCAAGAUCUUUCCCCAGGGCAAGGCGAGAUACGCGGACCUUUUAGAUGCAUCAGAAGAGACACCGCUAUGUGUCCUAGGAGAGUUGAUGCCACUCGACGACGAGCUGGAACAUCUCGCCAUAAUCGACAAUCCUGUCUACUCUCGCAUCAAGAUCGAGCAAGUCACCAAUUACAGCUUUGGUCUGGACGAUGGCGGCACUCCGCAGAUAUGGGCCGCGGGCAAGGCCGGGUGGUAUGAGAUCGCGCCAUCUGACAAAUAUCUGCAGCACUAUAACGAUACGGUGGAAGCCAUAGAUCUGUUCUACUUUAUGGUCGACCAACAUUCUAAGCUGCCCAAGAAACGCCAACGCUUCGGUUUUGCAGUCGACCCAUUUCUGACCGAGUACCAGAAACACACCGGCUACCGGAUCAAUGACGAUGACGAAGCCAUGGAAACCGUGCACAAGCACCAUCGCUUUCUGCUCAAGCAGAUGAUCGAGGAGAGAGAGGGAAUAGAUUGGUCACGGACCCAUCUCUGGAAGCAUCUGAGUGAGACCUAUGCCGACGAAAUUGAGCAAUUACGCGCCAAGCUUGCGCAAGAAUUGGAAGCGAUGGAUCUGACUGCACCAGAUGUGGAACCGGAGGCCGAGGAAGAGUCCAGUAGCUCGGCCUCAUCUUCCGAAGGUGACGACGAUACCCAGGAUUCUGGUCAAGACGAAAGUGAGGAAGAAGAGGAUUCUGAGACCACGCCAGGGUCAGACGCGAAGUCGAGUAGCUCCGCGGCGUCCUCAAGCGAGGAUAGUGAGAGCGAGCCGGAACCAGAGAGAGACUGGACGAAAACGAUAUGGACUCUGCUAAAUGUCCUUCGCCGAUCUCCCAACUUCAAUAUGCGUAACUGCGGCAUCGAGCAACUCGCAUCAGAGCUGAUUCAAGUCGAAGAAUUUGAGCCCAAACAGCAAAAGAGCGCCGUCAAGGCCAUCGAAGCCGCAGCCGAGGAGCUUAUACGUCUGAUGAAUGAGGCGAAGUUGCGCAAAAAGUUCAACUGGUCUACGCGCGCAAUAUACGACGAAUUAGAGGCCACUUUCGCUGGCGAAGUUGCCGAUGAAACGAUGCGCACACCUGCGGCAAAGGGCAAUGACAAGCGACAUCGCAUGAAAUCGGUGCUCCGUCCUUCAGGGGCAAGCAAAGCUCGAAAACGGACUCGUGGGCAAGUCGACAGCCAGGAUGAGGACGAAAUCAUGCAGGACGUCCCAGUCAUCUCUCCUGUCGCUACCAAGAAGAGCAACCUGUCAAGGAGGUCGGUGAAUGGAGAUGCCGAAUCGGUAACGAGUCGGGAGGACAGCCCGAGUAGGCAGCUUAACGGCUUUCACGACCCUGACGCACUUCCCGACCUGCCACCAGGUCCAGAGGCACAGGAAAUGCUGGAUUUGGUUUCGCAAGAGGCGAAGCGCGUCGGAAGGCAUCAUCAGACUUCGCACCUGAAGGACUUCUUGGAGCACUUUAGCUGGGAGAUCUAG